AUGGCUCAAGACUUAAAUCUGACGGAACGUCAGAUCAAAAUCUGGUUCCAAAACAGAAGGAUGAAAUAUAAAAAGGAACAAAAACAAAGAACGUCCUCUCCUGGAUUAGACAACAGGACCUCUCCUACUCUGUCAGGUGCUGCAUCAAUUGCUAGUUCAAAUAGCAAGCCAAGGGUUCAUACGGUGAGGCCUGAGCAUCAUUCGGUCACUGGGAGGCAGGUUGGUCAUAGUCAAUGCUUGCCACAAACUGUACAGAGAAACCAGUGGGAAGGUAACGUGUUAUACAGCAGCCAAUGUCAAAGUUUAUACCAAAACUUCCAACUAGAUCCGAAUUAUCAAUACCAAAAUCAUCCAGUCAACUGCUAUCCUGUGAACUACGAGCAACCUGUGGAGGAUAAGCCAUUAUAUCAGCCGUACCUCAACAUCAAAACAACUGAGCAGCCGCCAAGUGAUAACUAUUUUUUGGGACAGAAGAGUGAGUGUUCUAUUGGUUGGGACAACCAAUAUUUAUGCAAUAUAGGUGCCUCUGAUAGUCUCACGAGUUUGUAA